AGUGGCAGGAAUAGCGCGCCAUCAUUGGUGUCAGUGGGAGGAAUUGCGCGCCAUCAUUGGUGUCAGUGGGAGGAAUUGCGCGCCAUCAUUGGUGUCAGUGGGGAGAAUAGUCCCCCAUCAUUGGUAUCAGUGGGGAGAAUAGUGCCCCAUCAUUGGUGUCAGUGGGGAGAAUAGUGCCCCAUCAUUGGUGUCAGUGGGGAGGAGGAAUAGUGCCCCAUCAUUGGUAUCAGUGGGGAGGAGGAAUAGUGCCCCAUCGUUGGUGUCAUUGUUGGUGAGGAAUAGUGCCCCAUCGU